CUGGAGUAUUCUAGAAAACGUGCCUCGGACAGAGCGAUCGGUCACCGGCUGAAGAACCUACAUCAGCACACCUAUAUUCAACAACAGAUAUACGAUGGCAAAGUGGGGAGAAGGAGAUCCUCGUUGGAUUGUAGAGGAAAGGGCAGAUGCGACAAACGUCAACAAUUGGCACUGGACGGAGCGCGAUGCCACCAGCUGGUCGUCGGAGAAGCUGAAGGAGCUGCUGCUGGGGCUGCGCGUGGAGGGCGAGCAGGGCUCCUGCGAGGUCACAGAGGUCAGCAAGGUGGAGGGGGAGGCCUCCAUCAACAACCGCAAGGGCAAACUCAUCUUCUUCUAUGAGUGGAACCUCAAGGCCAAGUGGAAAGGUGUCACGAAAAGCGGGAUCAAAUACAAAGGCCACAUAGAGGUGCCAAACCUUUCAGACGAAAAUGACAUGGAAGACCUUGACAUCAGCGUGACACUGAGCAAAGACCAGCCAGACACUCAGCUCUUGACGCUCAUGAGGAAAGAGGGAGCAGAGAAGGUGCGCACCGCCCUGGGGACCUACAUCAGCUCUCUCAAGACAGAGUUCACCCAAGGCAUGAUCCUGCCCACAGCCAACGGCCUGUCCGUGGCACAGACGUCCCAGUCCAAGGCCAAGGUGGACAAAACCAUGAUUGGGUCCAACUGCUCGACUCCUGCCGCCAAUACUGGCGUGAAGAUCCCCACCUGCAAGUUCACCAUCAAGGACACCUUCAUGACGUCUCCAGAGGACCUGUUCAGGGUCUUCCUCAACCAGGAGAUGGUGCAGGCCUUCACCCACUCUGCUGCCAUGGUGCAGCCUGACAAGGGGGGCAAGUUCCGCCUGAUGGACGGCAAUGUGAUGGGGGAGUUUCUGGAGCUGGUUCCUGAGGAAAAGAUUGUGAUGAAGUGGCGGUACAACUCCUGGCCAAGCGAGCACUAUGCCACCAUCACACUGACGUUCUCGGACCGGGGCAGGGAGACGGGUCUGACGGUAGAGUGCCGGGCGGUUCCGGAGAGCGAGGAGGAGCGGACGAAGGAGGGCUGGCACCGAUACUACCUGCAGAGCAUCAAACAGACCUUUGGCUAUGGGUCACGGCUAUACUGAGCUCGGACCCACCGCGGCCCCCCUACUCUCCUCUAUUCUCUUCUCUUUCCUCCCUUCCCUUCCCCUCUCUGACCCGACUUUUUUGUUUUUUAUUUUGUUAGUCUUUUUUUGUUGUUAAUGCACAGAACAGGAAAAAACAACUAAACUAUUCCACGUCAGAAAGCAACUUUGCCUAAAGACCCGGCCUGGCACCAUUUCAAAAUGAUUGUUUUGGGUUGUUUUUGUUUUGUUUUGUUUUUUUAAGAAAAGCGGAAAAUCAGUUUUGCUUUUGGUCUUUCGUCAGCAUUUUUCAUCCUCAUGUACAGACAGAACACUUUGAAAACUGCACUCGAGAACUUUCAGUGAGUGACGAGACGAGACGAUACAAGACGAAAGAGGGUCAAGAAAUCUUCAUGUAUUAUCUGUGUGUAUGUGUGAGCGUAUGAAUGAAAUAACUUAAAUGUAAAUUUGCGGCGCCAGCAGCAGCGCAGUCUUUUACCACUCUGGCUUCUCUCCUGGUCCCUAUGAAGGUUGGACUGUGCCUUCAUAGACCAAAGAGGAUUCAGAGGUUUUAAAUAAAUAUGGGCUGUUUCUCCUAUGUUCAUAACUGUAUAGAAAAAAAAAUAAAUGGAAAGAGCAUGGCAAAAACAAGAAAAGUAAAAACGCAAACUUUGCAAACA